UAGCCAAAGUUUAAAAACACGUGUACCAGAUACACAGGGUAAAACUGUAAAUUUUCGGAGAUUGGUUUAAGCCAGGAGUCAAGAUGGGAUUGCACAUAUUUUGGCCAGCAACGACGUGCUUGACUCUAUUCGUAGUUUGCAUUAUUAUAGUCAUGCUGAAGUAUGGGUCGCGGAUCUGUAAAUUGCGACAUACCCCCGUGCCGUCCGACCAGGAAUGGGAAGGGAAAGCGUACUCCAGAAAACUUUCUGUUUCCAUGGCGUGAUGUCAACGAGUAUCACCGCAUGUUUUCAUCCACAAUUUCUGCCGUGCAGUGAAACUAAUGAAAGCUUGAAUCUCACAGAAUGUACAGGAUGUUCCCUAUAACUGGGGUAUACUCUACCAGUUUUUCCACAAUUUGAAGAUACAGCUUUUCCCAGUUGUGCGAAACAUCCUGUACAUACACGACGUUCGUACGAAACUUUAUAAAUGUUUGCGCAAUUAGUAUUACUCGAGUUUAAAACAGCAUCAUUGCCACAGAGAUCAACGUAUCAUUAGACUGUGGAUUUUACACGUUUAUAACAAAAAAUGAGUAAAUGCAAUUUAAAUCGACGCGCGCGCGCGGAAAGAACGAAAGAAUUUUUUGGCAAAUGUUUCUACCAAUCGAUGGGGAAAAAUUGUAUUUUGCACGACGAUCCACAGCCUACACAUUAUAAUAUGACUUUUAUACAACACUUUUUGUAUACGUAGAAUAAGUAGUACUAUCCAUUCCGUCCAGAGGUGGUCGAAACCUCGUCACGAUCUGCCUUAUCUUCUACUGCGACGUGCCAGUAGAUAUAUUUAAAUGUCUAGAAAAUUUGUUAAUAAUUUGUUUUGUAUUCCGUGACAAGAAAUAGGAAUAAUUCGUCCAACUUUUUAAACAUUUGAUAUUAUUCGUGUAACAAUACUUUCAUGGUGGAAGUUUUGUAAUUUUGAUAAAUGUUUUUUAACAAAUAAAUAUGCUUCUCUUUAUACAGAGCGCACCCUGCGA